AUGAAACUAUCGUAUGCCCUGUUGGCGGCCCUGGCUGUUCCAGUGGUCCAAAGUCUCUCGCUCGGUGACCGCAACCAAGCCUACAGCAUCGUUCAUGAGCCUGGCAAGAGAGAACUGCUUCAAGACAUCAUCACCUGGGAUGACAAGUCGCUCUUUAUUCGAGGCGAGCGCGCCAUGAUGUUUUCUGGUGAAUUCCACCCGUUCAGACUCCCCGUCCCGUCGCUGUACCUGGAUGUCUUCCAGAAGAUCAAGGCUAUGGGCUUCAACAUGGUCUCCUUCUACGUGGACUGGGCCCUGGUCGAGGGCAAGCCGGGCGAGUUCCGCGCCGACGGCAUCUUUUCACUCGAGCCCUUCUUCGACGCUGCUGCUAAGGCGGGAGUCUACCUUCUUGCCAGGCCCGGCCCGUACAUCAACGCCGAGGUCUCUGGAGGUGGCUACCCCGGCUGGCUGCAGCGCGUCAAGGGCAUCUUGCGCACUGAUGCCCCAGACUACCUGGCGGCAACCGACAACUACAUGGCCAACAUUGGCGCCAUAAUUGCCAAAGCCCAGAUCACAAACGGCGGCCCCGUCAUUCUGUUCCAACCGGAGAAUGAGUAUAGCGGCGCCUCUGUAUCCCCGUUUCCGAAUAAAAAGUACAUGCAGUACGUCAUUGAUCAGGCCCGCAAAGCCGGUAUUGUGGUGCCGCUCAUCGACAACGAUUCGUACCCUGGUGGCACUGGUGCGCCGGGCACUGGUGAGGGCGAAGUAGACAUUUACGGAUUUGACUCUUAUCCCCUUGGCUUCGACUGUGGUCACCCCGACGUAUGGCCAGCAGGCAACCUGCCAAGUGACCUGCACAAGACACACAUGCGACUCAGCCCAAGCACGCCAUUCUCGAUCGUUGAGUUCCAAGGCGGAUCCUACGAUCCAUUCGGCGGCUACGGCUUUGACCAAUGUUACAAGCUUGUGAACCAUGAGUUCUCUCGCGUCUUUGACAAGAACAACCUUGCUGCUGGUGUCAACAUUUUCAACAUUUACAUGAUCUUUGGAGGCACCAAUUGGGGUAAUCUGGGUCAUCCUAACGGAUACACCUCUUACGACUAUGGGGCCAGCAUCAGAGAAGACCGUUAUAUUGACCGUGAAAAAUACUCGGAAAUGAAGCUGGAGGCGCAGUUUAUGCGCGUUUCUCCAUCCAUUCUGGAGGUCGCACCAGGCGAUCCCACGACUGGCGUUUACAGCGACAGCAAGGACGUUACCAUCACACCCAUGCUCUCGAACAAGACUGGCAACUACUUUGUUGUUCGCCAUGCAGACUACCAAAGCCGGGACUCGGUGUCGUAUACCGUGAAACUGCCCACCUCCGAGGGAACUCUGUCUAUCCCACAGACUGGCGGCCAGCUGACCCUGUCUGGACGUGACUCCAAGUUCCACGUCACUGACUACUCUGUUGGAGACUACACGCUUCUGUAUUCCACAGCGGAAAUCAUGACCUGGCAAAAGUUUGGCAAUCAGACGUUCGUCAUCAUGUACGGCGGCGCUGGCGAGCUGCACGAGUUUGCUUUGAAGAAUGCGAUUGGCGUGGACAACAGCUACGGCAGCAAGGUGGCCUACAAGCAGGGAAACGGCUCCGUCAUUGUCCAGUUUACGCCCACCCCAGAGCGUCAGGUCAUCCGCUUCGGCGAUCUCACCGUAUUCAUGCUCGACCGCAACAGUGCAUACAACUACUGGGUGCCGGUGCUUCCCAAGGGCGGCUCCGCGUACGGCAGCUCCGUGAUGAAUCCAGAGACCAUUAUAGUCAAUGGAGGAUACUUGGUCCGCUCCGCCUCCGUGGACGGCAGGACUGUCUCCAUCCAAGCCGACUUCAACCAAACCACCCCUCUCGAGAUCAUCGGCGCUCCCAACGGCGCGUCCAAGCUGUCCAUCAACGGCAAAGCCACAUCCUUCAAAAAGACCAGCGACGGCACUUGGCUCUCCAAACCAUCCAUCGCCUUCCCCACCAUCAAGCUCCCCGAACCCAAGUCCCUCGACUGGUACGCCAUUGACUCGCUGCCCGAGAUCCAGUCCAGCUACGACGACUCCCGCUGGACCAAGGCCAACCACAUAACCACCACCAACCCCAAGGGCACUCCGCUGCGCACCCCCGUCUCCCUGUACGGUUCCGACUACGGCUUCAACACGGGCAACAUGCUGUUCCGGGGCACCUUCACCGCGACCGGCGUCGAGGACCAGCUCGUGCUCACGACCUCGGGCGGCGAGGCCUACGCCGUCUCCGCCUGGAUCAACCAGACCUUUAUCGGCUCCUUUGACGGCAACAAGGACUGGGACACGGUCAUUGUCACGCACAGCUUCCCGAAGCUACACGCCAACGCCUCUUACAUCCUGACCGUUGUCAUGGACAGCCUCGGCUUCAACGAGAACCUGACGCCCGGCAACGACGACAUGAAGGCGCCCCGCGGCAUCCUCGACUACAAGCUGCAGUCCUCCUCCUCCUCCAGCAACAGCACCGCCGCCACGCCCAUCACCGGCUGGAAGAUUGCCGGCAACCUCGGCGGCGAGGACUACAAGGACAAGUUCCGCGGCCCGCUCAACGAGGGCGGCCUCUUCUUCGAGCGCAACGGCUACCAUCAGCCGUCGCCGCCGCUCGAGGCCUUCACCAAGGCCGCGACGCCGUUUGACGGCACCACAAAGGAGGGCAUUACGUACUACACGGCCAAGUUUGAUCUGGACCUCCCCGCGGACGAGUACGACAUCCCCGUUGCCUUCCGCUUCGACAACGGCACCACGCCCACGUAUCGCGCGUUGCUCUACGUCAACGGCUUCCAGUACGGCAAGUACAUUAGCAACAUCGGCCCGCAAACCGAGUUCCCUGUGCCCGAGGGCAUUCUCAACUACAACGGGGAGAACUGGCUCGGCGUCUCCGUCUGGGCACUCGACGGCGACGGCGCCAAGGUCCCUGGGCUGUCCCUCGUGUCCCGCCCGCCAGUCUUGACCAGCAGAAACAAGGUUGACCUCGUCGACGGCCCCUCAUACACCAAGCGCGACGAUGCUUUCUAA